AUGGAGGCUGAAUCCUGGGAAGUGCUUGUGCACAAGAAGCAACUUGAGAAUGAUGCUAAAAUCCCAACUGCAUGGCGAAUUUCGGAAGAACUAACCAAGAUAUCUCAGACAUCUGAUAUGAAUGUGCUAGAUGUUCCGCGUCGAUCAGGAAUUCUGUCAGCAAGACAACUCGAGAUAACCGAGAACUAUGAUGCGACUGAUCUGCUCGCCAAGAUUCAUGGUCAAGAGAUAUCUGCCUAUGAGGUAACGGAAGCAUUUUGCAUUCGCGCUGCGAUCGCACAGCAAGUGACUCGGUGCCUCACUGAAACCUUCUUUCAGCGUGCGUUGCAGCGAGCAAAGGAUUUGGAUGAGAUACUAGCCCAAACAGGGACCCCAGUUGGGCCUUUGCACGGCUUGCCCAUCAGUUUCAAGGAUUGCUUCAACGUUGAUGGUGUUCCGUCCACGAUUGGAUUUACCUCAUUUAUCAAAAAUGGCCCUGUGAAUUCAACCUCUCCCGUGAUUCAGAUUUUGAUUAACUUAGGAGCCAUCCCGUAUGUGAAGACAAAUGUUCCCCAGACAAUGAUGGCCGCUGACUCGCACAAUUACGUGUUCGGACGGACCCUCAAUCCUCACCGAUCGAAUCUUACCGCUGGGGGGUCGACUGGGGGAGAAGGGGCAUUGAUUGCUAUGAGAGGAUCGGUGCUGGGUGUUGGUACAGAUAUUGCUGGCUCCAUUCGAAUUCCAGCUAUUUGUAACGGGAUUUACGCAUUGCGACCUUCCGCGGACCGCAUUCCGUAUGGGGGACAGACUAGCUCUGCUCGCGGAGGUCUGGCCGGAAUCAAGGCUUGUGCAGGACCCUUGGCAACAUCAGUCAGAGAUCUGGAGCUAUUCAUGAGGCUGGUGACGAAUGAAGAUCCAUGGCAAUUGGAUUCUUCCGCUUUGUUUUCACCUUGGCGCACCGUUUCCCCCAAGUCUGCCCUGCGAAUCGGCUUCAUUCAGGAGGAUCCCCAUUUCCCUCUGCAUCCACCAGUUUUGCGAACCCUGAAAAGUGCAACUGAAAAGCUUCAAGCAGCUGGGAAUGAGAUCGUUCCCCUAAAAACACUGCUCAUUCGAGAUGCCUGUGCGUUGGCAUUUCGCAUGUACUCGAUGGAUCCAGCUCGCACUCCACUCAAGCACAUCGCUGCCAGUGGGGAACCCACCAUCCCUGCUUUGGCAUCGACAUCUCUGCACCAUAACUACAUGCCAUGUGGAUAUGCCCCAAUGACACUCGAAGGAUUGUACGACCUCAACGAGGAGCGCAAUUACAUCAAGGAGGAGUUCCGCAAUCUCAUUGUGCAGGCAAAAGUCGACGCCAUUGUCAUGCCGGGCUAUCAAGGCACCGCACAACCCCAUGAUCGAUUUGGCUUUGUCCCCUAUACCACCCUUUGGAAUGUGAUGGAUUACCCAAGCUGCAUCAUUCCGCAUGGCAAGGCGAACAAGAGUGCCGACAAGGCAUUCAUUCGGAGUGUGAACUACAAACCUCCCUAUCUGGCUGAUGACAUCGAGGGGGCUCCAUGCUGUGUGCAACUUAUUGACAGAAACAUGCACGACGAGGAACUGGUUAAGGUGGCGGAGCUUGUCUCCAAGGUUCUAAACCUUUGA